ACCAGGGGCCGAAUUUUUGUUGACCGUGGCAUUUACUUAUUCACAAUGUAUCGAACAAUUGAAGUUACAAGCAAGAAGAAUUGAGUGGUGACAAAAACGCAAGUUUGGAACCGGAUGCGCGAGCACAGUAAUGGAGCGUCGUGUGCGCUACGCGCCGUCGCCACGGCAGCAGCAACAGCCAGCGCAGGGAGGAAAAGGAGGUGGCAGAGCAGCGGGGGCCCCAUAACACCACCACCACUACUACCAGCUGAAAGCAAAGACUGGGUAAAUAUAACGUUGCCUUACCGGCGGUCGGCUUCUCAGUGCAUCGCACACCUCGCAGCUAGAAGGAGGCCGCCGUUACGUCAAAAGCUCCUCUGAAAUUGUCCUCUUUUAUUUUCCGACUCGAUACUUCGCCAUUCCCUUUAUGGGACAAAACUAAGAAGGACUGACUGCUGCUGCUGCUGCCCUCAACCAAUUCCAUAUCGCUUCAUCCGGCUGGCUGAUCCUUGUCCUGGUGGUCAAGGGGAAACUCGAUUCUACAAAAGAAAAGAGAGAGAAAAACAAAAAAACAGUGUUAUCGUGUGCGCUCCCGUCAAGGCAUUUUCUUUUGGCGUCGUAACUCCCGUCCACAACCGACGCUCGGACCGUUGGGAUUCUUCUUACGGUUCACUCGGCUCUUCCGGCUGCUGUCACUAUGGAUGCUGACGGCUGCUGAGUCGGGUCCGAUCUAAAUAGGCAGAGCGGCAUUGGAUGCAAGAUUUAGAUCGGAGAAAGCUUUGACAUUAUGGCGAGUCUGUCGACAGAGAGAGCGGUGAGCUUAAGCCGCGGGGACUCGACCGACAAUCUUUUGGUGGCGGAUCUGUCACCGCCAGAAGUUCUUCUCGAACCCACCGUCACCGGUCAGGAUGACGACGAGGAGGAGCCAUCGUCGCAGCGUCCACUGGGCGCUAGUCAGCGUUCACUUCAGAGCGUUUACAAGAACCAGUCGGCCUCGUCGGUGUCGUCUAAUGUUUCAGGGCCCACGGCGGCGGCGCGGCCGCUGCUGACUGCCCCGUCGUUUGACCAGCGCCAUGCCCCCGAUCUGGCGGAUGCAUCUCCGUGGAGCUCGACGGAAACGUCGUGUCGCAGUCGCAAGAACUCUGUGAAUCUGUUGGACUGCUGGAACCAAGGCAACAGCCAACACCACAACAACAACACGUUGGCCAUUAAUCAGCGAUUGGGCGACGUUGCCGUCCGGACGGCGCCUCCUUCGCAGAGCUCUGUCGACUCUGCCAUUAUCAGUACAGCGGCUGGAAUCAUUGCCGGCUGUGGUGGCCAAACUACGCGCACCAACCGAUCUGUGCCGGAUAUUGAGCUGCACUAUCGGCGUGACAACAGCGACGAUCGCACUUGUGGCAGCGUGGGCGAGCCGAGUCCCCGUCUCUACAACCGUCACGGGUCUCAUCAUUCGCAGUCGUCGUCCUUCUCACCUCAUUACCAUCACCAUCACAGCUCGGCGUUGUCGUCGCAGCAACACCACAGCGGCGGUGGACCGCCCACUCACCUUCACCAGCAGCAACAGCAGCAGCAGCAGCAUCAACAGGGCGUUCAGCAUCAUUCUCCGCGUUAUCAUCCCGUGCAUCCAUCAGUUGGGAUCACUCCUUCACGGCCGCGGGUCUGCGAACAUCAGCCCUUCUCGUUUUCAUUGUCGAGGGCCACGUCUCGCGAAUCGGUCCGAUCGGGCGUCGUCGGUCAGUCGGGAUUUUAUGGGCCUGGCCAAGACUCAUCUUUGAGAUUGCCCAGCAGUCAGUUGGUCCCCGAGCUGGCAGCCUCGCUGGCUUCGAGCGGCUAUUCGUGCGGCGGGACUCCGUGUCUCCGCGGCGAAAUGCUUCGGCAACACUCGCAGCCGGAAACGUCGUGCUACCACUGUCACAACCCCAGCUCCUCGUUGCGGCAGCUGAAGGAACAAGGAGGAGGAUCCAGCGGCGGAGGAGGCUGCGAUAUCGCCGGCAUCGCGGCCGACACAUUACGCAUCAAUGGCGCCAUCCGGCAGUUCCGCCAGGUAGCUUUUCCACUGCAGUCGGCGACGAAAAUCCGCCGAUCCCGAUUUCGGCGCGCCUACACCGACGCCGCCUCUGAAACGCUGACUCCCGGCAGCUCGACGGCAGCGGCCGGUCAAGUCUUGGCCACCAGUGCAGUCGUUCCAACCGUCUCCAUCACGUUGCGGAAACCGGUGUCCACACUGUCGAUACCUUCUUCCAUGAAAGCCACCGGUGGCAGCAGAAAUGACGGCAACGAAGAGGCCACGACGGCGUUGGUCAGUGUCCACUCAGAGUACCCGCGCUACACUGAAGACCGGUGCCAGCUGCAGCAGCAACAGCAGCAGCAGCAGCAGCUGGUCGGUGUUGUCGGCGGAGGCGGCGGAGGGGGAAACGGGAGCGGCGUUAAAUCCAGCGCUCUGGGAGGCAUCAGCAUCGCCACGACGGGCUCGAUUGGCGGAGCAGCCGGAAGCGCUGCAUCCGGCGGCGGACAGGUCAUGGCCGCUUCGUCCUCAACCGGCGGAGGAAUGGGUGUCACGCCACUGGCCAUGGGCAAGAACCGGCCCAACGUCGGCUAUCGACUUGGCCGGCGGAAAGCGCUGUUCGAGAAACGCAAACGGAUCAGCGAUUACGCACUCGUCAUCGGCAUGUUCGGUAUCAUCAUCAUGGUCAUCGAGAACGAGCUGGCCAGCGCCGGCGUCUACACCAAAGCAUCAUUUUACUCGACCGCCUUGAAAACGUUGAUAUCAGUCUCGACGGUGAUUCUCUUGGGUUUGAUAGUAGCCUACCACGCCUUAGAAGUCCAGUUAUUCCUGAUUGACAACUGUGCGGACGAUUGGAGGAUCGCCAUGACGUGGCAGCGGAUGAGCCAGAUCAGUUUUGAGCUGCUCAUCUGCGCCGUUCACCCCAUUCCCGGCGAGCAUUACUUUUUGUGGACGACCAAGUUGGCCAACCACGGCGGCGUCAUCGGAUCCAAAUGGGUGCCCGUCGACGUUGCACUCAGUCUGCCCAUGUUCCUACGACUCUACCUCAUCUGCCGAGUCAUGCUUCUUCACAGUAAACUAUUUACGGACGCAUCGUCGAGAUCGAUCGGAGCUCUCAACCGCAUCAACUUCAACACGCGAUUCGUCCUGAAAACGCUGAUGACCAUUUGUCCAGGCACCGUCCUUCUCGUCUUCAUGGUGUCGCUGUGGAUCAUCGCCAGCUGGACUCUGCGUCAGUGCGAACGGUAUCACGACGAGGAGCACGCCAAUCUGCUCAACACCAUGUGGCUGAUUGCCAUCACGUUUCUGAGCGUCGGCUACGGCGACAUUGUGCCCAACACGUACUGCGGACGCGGUAUCGCCGUCACGACUGGCAUCAUGAAGGGUGCUGGCUGCACGGCGUUGCUCGUUGCUGUCGUCUCGAGGAAAUUGGAGCUGACGCGGGCCGAGAAACACGUCCACAAUUUCAUGAUGGACACCCAACUCACCAAGCGGUUGAAGAACGCGGCGGCCAAUGUCCUGCGAGAGACGUGGCUAAUCUACAAGCACACGAAACUGGUGAAGCGCGUCAAUCCCGGCCGAGUACGCACGCACCAACGCAAGUUUCUGCUGGCCAUCUACUCACUUCGAAAGGUCAAGAUGGAUCAGCGAAAGCUUAUGGACAACGCCAACACCAUCACCGAUAUGGCCAAGACUCAAAACACGGUUUACGAAAUCGUUUCUGAGAUGAACACCCGACAAGACGUGAUGGAGGAGCGCUUGAGCACGCUGGAAGAGAAGCUGACUCUUCUGCAAGAGACUCUGGAAGCCCUACCGGAAGCAAUCUCGCGCUACCUGCCCGCUAUGAUCAACAAUCAGCCGUCGGGAGGCGGCAGCGGCUGGACGCAGCCGCCACAGACGGAGAACAACGGCACCGAGUUACAACGACGACAACAAUUUCUACACCCCGAAUCGACCUAUGGCAGCAUCGGCAGUGGUGGUGGUGGUGGUGGUGGCGCUAAUAAUUCGUCUGGUGGGGGAGGAGUCACGCACUCGAGAUCCUCUCCCGGAACGUGGACGGCCACUUCUCCCGCGGGAGCAGCAGCGUCCACAUCAGCGGCCCUGCCCGUACCUGCGCAACCACCUCAGCCACCGCCGCUGCCAUCCAAGCCCAAACUCAGUUAACUCUCAUCUGAGCUAGAUCCUUAAUUACCUACAUCUCUUUUUCUCGCCGAAAAAGAAAAGAAAAAUUAAAAGGAAAAAUCUUUUCUUUUCCCUCCUUUAAUCCAAAUUCUUUCUUAUACAUAUUAAGAUAUACAUAUAUAAAAAGUAUACAUAUUAUUAUCAUUAACUACAUGACGAAAAUGAGAUUUUUGCAAAUUUUUAAAUAACAAAACGAAAACCACAAGUUGUUUUUUAAAUGAUGAUCCGGCAAAUGUUGCGAGAGCAUCUAUUCACGUUUUCUCCCUUGCAAAACAUUUUCAAUUGUACUUUUCUCUCCCCUCGGUUACAAGCAGUUCGAUCAGUUACAAAUUGAAAGGGAAACAUUAUUUUACACAAAGCAAAUGAAUGAAAGAAAGAAAGAAAAGGACGAUGAUGGCCUGGUGAUUCCGGUGUUUGAACUGAACGCGGGAUUCUUCGUCUUUAAGUCUGCUGAUUUCAUUUGUUUUUCAUUCAAAAAUGUCGAGUCUCUUUUAUGUUUCAAGUGGUGUCACCAUUGAGAUUCUUCUUUUGUUGUGAGACUUGAAAAGAAUCUUUUGUCCUAUAGAUAGAUAAAAAUUGUAUUUUCUUUUUUUUUUUUCUAAAGAAAAGAACCUAAACUUCUCUUUCAUCUGCUCGACUCUUUCUAUAGUGUGACAUGAAUGGACCGGAUGUGCCCGGUGCGCAUCCUCACGAUCGAAUAAUUUUGAAUAGGUAUACAAGUUAUAUAAUUAAUCCCGUACACACCGUUAUCGAACAUACUUACAAAUUAUAUUGAACAAAUAUAUAAUGUUUCUAUGCUCUCAGUUGUGUCCCAUGUAUGUACAAUAACGAACAAGAGGGGAUAGAAAGAAAAAAAGGGAAACGGUUGAGUUUGGAAAAUGAAACUCAGCGACGGUUUUUCGACUCCUCGAUCUCCCACUUAAAAAAAAAAUUCGAUUCAAUUUCAUUUCAGUUUAUUGUCUUGAAUUCUAUUCGACCAUCCAGUGAUGAUAUCGCAUCUUGUUGUGGUCGUGUCUGUUUUCAUUCUCUCUCUCUCUCUCUUUCACUCUAUCUUUCUCCAGCUGUAUUGUUACAUGAUGAAUUCUAUAAUUUUUAAGUUUCCCGCCGUUAUAUCUAGUCCUUUCUGAUCUUUAAACAAACAAAAAAAAAUCUUCGUUUUCUUUUUGGGCGGUUAUUUUUUUCGUGAAAAACUGGAAACGACAUUCGCAUAUGGCCUGAGGAUUGAAAUGCAAAUUCAAGAGUUGAUUUUCUUUGUAUCAUCAUCACCUGCCAUGUAUACUGUUGAUUUUAUAAAACAAUAUGAAUACCUUGUCGUUC